UAUCAUAACAAUAUUUUAGUGGCAUUUAUGUAUUCAUUCUAUUUGUUACAUUGUUUUCUUCUAUUUCUAUUGAAAUAUCACUACACCUAUGGGUAUCGUAUGUUUUCGUUAUCAAUUCUACCAGAUUGUGUUUGGAUAAACAAUACAAUGAACUACCAUCUUACUAGUUUACCUAACAUUUUGCACUAGUUAAUUCGUUAAACAAAAUGCACUGUAGUUAGGAUACUCCUAAUUUUGGUCAAUUUGCAGUAUAUUUUAUAUUUUAAUAUUUUAAAGGAGUAGUUUUUCUGUGCUAGGCGUUCGUCUAGACUAAGGUGUUUGGCUUUUUUUUAACCAAUAUUUAAACACGGUUCAAUGAAAGUUGUACCCGAUUUUGGUUUUCAUUUUCAUCUUGUUGUUAAUAGAUUAUGAACAUUUUGUAAAUAAUGGAGACAGUUGAGAAAGAUGUUUUCAGCCUAGACAAAUUUGAAACACUCUCUUUAAAUGAUACACCUAAUCCAAAUGAAGAAACAAAUGAAAAUUCUAACUGCUUAGAUGAAGAAUUUUGCAGUGAUCAAGAUUUGGAUCAGAAAGAUGAAAUCAGAUCUGCCUUAGUUCAACAAACCAAAGAUUUAUACGAACACUAUGCUAAAGAGCAGUUCCCCAGAGAUCCAGAUAAGCAAAAAGAGUUGAUAGCUGAAAUGCAAGAGCAAUAUUUUGAUCAUUACCUUUCCGAAGUUUACAGGUUUCAAAUCAUUCAUCAACAGCAGCAACUUGAACAGUUACGUGAAAUAAAGUCAGUUGGGAAAAAAUCGGAUGAUACAAAUGGUGAAUACGAAAGAGAUUCUCCAGUUUCACUACCUCUAAUCCCUGCGACAAUAUGGACUCGUAAGGAUAUUGCUGAGUUCAAACGAGAGAUUCUUGAUGUACAAAAGGAAUGUUGUAUAAAGAUAGGCUCUUUAGCUACAGCAACGGUACGCGUACCAACUCAUCCCAAUGGAAAGGCUAUAUGCUGGGAAUUUGCCACGGAUUAUUAUGAUUUAGGUUUUGGCUUAUAUUUUGAAUGGGAUUUGGAACCGCCUGAAAAUAUAUCAGUUAACAUCUCUGAGUCAAGUGAUGAAGAAGGCGGUGAAGAAGACGAUGAGGAUGGACCUAGUUAUAAUAAUAAUUCUGGAGAAAAGCCCUCACCUGAGAAUGGAGAUAAAGAAUCUCCUCAUGAUUUGGAAUUGGGCAAAAGGUCAUCACAACCUCGAGUUCCUACUGACGAACUUAUACCAAUUUACAGAAGAGACUGCCAUACUGAAGUCUACUGUGGUACACAUCAAUAUCCAGGUGUUGGUGUAUACGUAUUUAAGUUUGAUAAUUCUUUCUCACUUUGGCGAUCUAAAUGGUUAUAUUAUCGUAUAUUCUACACACAUUGAACUGCAUCGUGUGGUUGCUCAUGCAAUCUCAUAUAUAUAUUUUAGCCAUUUUGUUGACAUUCCUUGCAUUCAUCAUUGUCAUUUCGUGGAGUCAAUCGUUUUUUCCCCACUAAAUUUCCAUAUUCAUUUACUUUUGCAUCCUGCUGUUUUAGCUUGAAGUAAUAUCUGAUAUCAGUGAUUAUUUAUGCAUUAAUUUGGCAUUUAUAAUAUUUUAUAAUCAGGCACUACUAAUACUACUACAAUUUCGCAUAAUCAACAUCCAAGCAUCUAACUUCUGCUUUUUGGUGUUCCUCGCUUUGGUUUUGGUUUAGUCUAUAUUUUUAAUUAUAACUAACUUAUUUGUUGUUUAAAGGGAUUGAUUAAAGUGUCUCUUUUUUUAAAAAAAAAAAAACAAUCUUGUCUUAGUGACUUCAUUCUUUGCCUGUGUAAAUGAAAGUGUAUGUAUUUGAAAGAAUAUUUUACACACUCUAUUAUAUCAAAAUAUACUGGUUACACUUUAUGCAUGCGCACAGUGUAUGUUGCAUUUAUCAAUACUUCUUUUAUAUGUUUAAAUUGGUUUUAUUUUGAUUAUCUGAAAAGGAAUAAAAUAAUGCCAUUCGGAAGCUACACAAAACUGGUGUUCUCGUAAAUGGAAGGUAAAGAUGCUACUCUAUAUAGUUUGUUCAGACUCAAUAGCUGGACUGGAUAUUUAGUAUUUUGAAGAAAUGGAAAAGAUUAUAGCGUUCUGUUGUACAACACAUAGCAUUUCAUCUAACAUGGUUUUGCCUAAAUAAAUGCAGUCCCUGCUUUUAACUGUACACUGAGAUAA